AUGUCAGAGAAUGUUCAAAAGACAACAACCCAAAUUCGGGGUGAUCACAAAAAGUGGCAAUGCCACAAAAUGAUUGAUGAACCAGGCCGCGCCAGAUGCGUUGCCACUAUGAGCAUGAACGCCGACACAUGUACGCAUUGUGGACAGCGUCGCGGGAAGAACGCCGUUGCUCUAGCUCAGAACGAUGAUGUGUUGGGUAGCCUUGUUGACUUUGAGGCUGAUGGAACAGAGAAGUGGCACUAUAAUCUCAAAACACAACCCCAUCGACCUGCAAUCAUGUCUGGACCAACCACUACCGUCCGCAAAGACCACACCAAGUGGCAGUGCAACGAGAAAGCUGGAAACAACGACAAAGGUGAGCCCAUUGAGUGUCAAGAGGUCAUGAAGAUGAGCGAGCAAGUCUGUACGAAGUGCUGGUGUAUUCGCAGAGUCGGCGCAGUUGCGAUGACCGAGGAUGAGAUGUAUCUUGGUAUGCUUGUUUCCAUCACCAAGGGAAUCAAUGAGUGGUGGGAUUAUUUGCCAGAAAUGGAGGAGGAGGGUUGCGAGGAGCCCACUGAUACUGUGAUGGGGGGAAUGUGA